AUGUCGCAACAUCAUCCGAGAAGGAGGCCCCAGUCCAGAGCCUCGACCGCUUCGGUCCACAGCAUCGCGACCCAGCCAACUCUCGAACAGAACCUUGCUGUCCCAAACCACGGCUCCUACGCGGAACAAUGGAAUGCAGGCGACCAUGGCGCCAUGCCCCAACCGAAAGAUAUGUCCUCGAUGGGACACCAUAUGGGCUCGCAUAUGGGUUCGCAUAUGAUUUCGCAUAUGGGACCGCAGAUGGGAUCGCAGAUGGGCUCGCAAGUGGGAUCACAGAUGUCGGCCGAGGAUAUCAAUCUGCGUCCAGGAUCGCGAAUGCAGAGCGCCUCCUUUUCUGGGGACUCCAAUAUGCACCAACCCGUCGGCUCCGCCAUGCCUUCCUACUCUCAGCACCCCGGCCUGCAUCAUGGGCUGUCAGCCGAGACAUACGGCGCAAGCGCCAGCUUUACCGAUCCCGAUAGCCAGAUGAUGGACCGCGAUGAGCUCGACGAGGGUGAUCCGCUCGCCGCACCCCAAGCUGGUCAGAAGCCGGCUUCGAGUCGGACGAGUGCGAACAACGAGCUAGAGAUGCGCCAGCUUUUCCAGUACAACAAGCAUCGCAAACUGGGGGAAGUUGCGCAAGAGUUGCAUGGGAAUGAGCGAGGCCCCAACUCCGAACGGACCCGACAGGUCUUUGCUAUGCUCUGGAUCAACUCAGUAUGUACGAAAGGAAAAGGCUCCGUGCCAAGAGGACGUGUCUAUGCCAACUACGCUUCCCGGUGUGCCACAGAAAGAAUAACAGUCUUGAACCCGGCAAGCUUUGGAAAGCUGGUUCGCGUGCUCUUCCCAGGACUGAAGACGCGGAGACUGGGUGUUCGCGGCGAGUCAAAAUAUCAUUAUGUUAACUUCACUUUGAUGGAUGAUCAGCCCGAGCUUAGGGAGCCGGCCAUCCAGCCCGCUCUUCCCAUGCCGGAACCCUCUUCGUUCGCGCAGACGUUCAACACUUCACAUUCUCAGUCUCCUGCGAUGAAUGCAGAGAGGCCAGCCCUUCCUUCACCCCAGAUCCCGCAGGCAUCCGCGACACCGGCAGGACCACCAUCGGCGCAGAACAAAGCUCAUAGCCUCUACAACCAGCCUGAUGUCGCUAACCUCGCGCAACUGCACUCCACUACCUCCAAGACCAUGUUGCGACUGUCAUUUGCACAGGACGGCGAGGAUUCGUUCCACCAGUCUGAUCCGCUGAUAUUACCCAGAAUCGAACCAUUCCUGCCCAACGGGACCGACCCAGAUUCGGCUAAAUCGUUAGCAGCGCUGUAUCGGUCUCAUUGUACAUCUCUUGUUGAGUGUAUUCGCUACUGCAAAGAGAAGACCUUCUUUCAUCUCUUCACAUCGUUUCAGGGCACCCUCACAAUGCCUGUCCAGAAGCUGUUUAACAACCCGAGUGUUGCGGCUUGGAUCGAAGAGUGCGAUUUCGUCCUAUACCAGAGAAUGAUGCGCAUCAUCUCUGGCCUCACCUUACAGGUCGUGCCCAAGCCAGUGCUCGACACUCUGCGGAAUAUAUCGGAGAAGUUGGUUCCUCACAUCCGCGAAUCCUUUCAGGGUCAACCGAGACAUGUGGUCGAGGCCAAGGAAGCCCCGGCUACAAUCUUUGCUGCUCUGCUAGACCGCGCACUGCGAGUCAACCUUACGGCUCAUGCGGCCGCGAACAUGCUUUCGAACCCGGCCAACCGAGAUCAGAUGUAUCUUGACUGGAUCACCAUGGUCAGAAUACGCAAGGUGGCCGAGUGUGUUCCCACCAAGGGUAUGGACGACCUUGUCAAUCUCUUGCUCAACGAGCUGCGUGGCCUGUUAUACCCACUCAACGUUCCUUGGGAGAUAGAAAUGCUCACCCUCUACGGAGACAUGGCCGCACAGAACGACCGGAGCCCCCACGCCGCUGAUUCGGAUGACUUCAGUGCGCAGAACAUGCUGGAUCGAUGGGUACAAUUCCUCCGAUCACUCCCCGGCCGGUUUCCUUACGCAAGUCCAGCCGAGAUUGUCACGUACGUCCAACGAGUUGGGACCGAGGUGAUGCGUGACCUUACGAUCGCCCAAGGUAAGAGCUUCGGCUCGUGGUGGGUCACCAAAUGUUGGAUCGACGAGAUGAUCUCGUUCCUCGCAGAGCAGGGCGGUUUCAUCCAGACCCGAAACUCGUCCCCAUCCCCGGCCGUAGCCCGUGGUUCCAAGCAUCCCAUCGCUGCCCAGGAUACCAACCAGCAAGGCUCUCGGCUCAGCAGCGGCAGCGAGGAUCUGAACGUGUCACAGAUGUCGCAAUCACAACCGGACCGAGCGCCGUUCCCAUCGCAGCUUGACGGCCCGGACUCUUUACAGGUGGCGAAUCAUGACGACAGCGGUAUCGGGAUUAGGACUCCCGAGGAAGACUUGCCCAUGGACAAGUUCGAGUUUCAGGCGGGCCAAGAUCAGGCCCUGCGGAGUCUAGACCUGGACCGCGGAAUGCAGUAG